AUGCCUGCUCAAUUAGUAAUUUUCGACUUUGACGGGACUCUUUUCGACACCCAUCAAGCCAUCUCUCACAGCAUCAAGCUCACCUUUGACUCACUCCUCCCAGCCUCAGCUCCAGCAGAGUCUGAGGUACAGAAGUUGAUCGGCUCUGGCUUGGGUCUGAAGGAGGUUCUCCAAGCGCUUCAUACUUCCCCCGAUUCUUUCGACGAGGGUGAAUGGACGUCAACCUACCGUCGCUUCUACAACGAUGAGGGACAGAAAUUUGUAUCCGCGUUUCCUGGCGCCAAGGAUCUUUUGAUCAAGUUGAAUGAAGAAAAGGUUCCUGUGGCUAUUGUCAGCAACAAAGGUGUAGCCGCGGUUGACACGGCUCUCAAGAACAACGGUAUUGAUACCAUCCCCGGAGACUUGAUCGUUGGAGACAACACCCCCGGCGCAACGCGUAAGCCGGACACUGGAAGCUUCGAGAAAGUUCUACUGCCGGCCCUUAAAGCUCGUGGAUUUGCCCACUUAGACGCCUCCAGAACCUUAGUCGUUGGGGACACGGAAGCAGAUAUCAAGUUUGCUGCUAACAUUGGAGCAAAGUCGGUUUGGUGCAGAUAUGGAUAUGGAGAACGCAGCGCAUGCGAGAAGUUGGAGCCGCAUUUCACAGUCGAUUCGUUAGAUGAGGUAGCUAGAAUUGUUGACGGGAUCUGA